UCGCUCCAGCCGUGGGGAAGUGGCGCGUUGGCGGAGAGAUGGAGGGAACAGCGGACGCUCUUGAGCAGGUUCCACAAGGCGAGGGGCAACCCACCUGUAAUGGGGGGCCGGAGACAGGCGGAGAGACGGAAUCUGGCGAGAAUAUUCAAGGAGAGCAGCGGUCCCUGAUGGUCUCCUGUGGCAACGGAGAUGCAAAAAGAGAGCAAAACCCAGGUCGUCGGUCUCCCUCCAGAACCGCAUCAGGCACAUGUGGCCUGUACGUUCUCCUCAGCAGCCUCGUCAUAGCUUUGACAAUAGCUCUGGCAGUGGUUGCAUCAAGGGCUCCUGUAACCUGCUCCGGGGUCUGGGUCAGCUUCCAGGGGAAAUGCUUCUAUUUCUCCGAGGCCGAAGGGAACUGGACCUACAGCCGGAGCAACUGCUCUGCCCUGGGGGCCUCCCUGGCUGCGAUCGACACCCCGCAGGAAAUGGCCUUCAUGCUGCGCUACGGAGGCCUCUCUGACCACUGGAUCGGCCUCCAGGGGGAGGAAGACCAGCCCCGGCGAUGGGUGAACGGCACCGAAUUCAACAACUGGUUUAAAAUCGGAGGGGGCGGGGAGUGCGUGUACCUGAAGGAAGGCAUCGCCAUCAGCUCCUCGCGGUGCUCAAUGGAGAGACGCUGGAUCUGCAGCGCGCCCCCCGGGGGGCCAAAGGCGUAGCCGGGCAGGGGGCUGGAGGUCCCGCCCCCGAAGAGACGGGAGAACGUCGACGCGGACGGGCCGGGCCAUUUCUCCAGCCAGUGGGCGCGAGAGCUAAACCAAAGAGCACCCGGGAGGGCCGAAGAGACCCAUGUGUGGGCGUAAACAUUCCCCAGUGGGCAAGGGAUCCUGUGACUGCCCAUUCGGUGUCCUUUCCUCUCCUCAGGCAGCAGGCUGGACCCGAGGCAGUGGGGGAUUCCUGUCCCCUG